AUGGCCGGUCUAGUAGGAUACGCAAGCAGCGACGAAGAGGAUGAUAUCCAGGAGGUCAAUUCUCCUGAGCCGCAAAAAAAUGAGCCUGUCUCAACCACAGUAGAUGAUGAUGCCAAACCGCAAAGCAAGGAGGCAGAACAGAAGCCCACCGCACCAGUACCCGAACCCAAAAGCUCUGACGCGGUCGCCAUUGGUCCUGUUCAACAAAAUGCUGUACCGCUAGGACCGUCUCUACCGCCCAUGGAAGAAGCUGUCGUGGAUGACCAAGAUCCAACUUUCAGACCAGCUUCACCAUACUCGGCCAAUCGUGCUCUUCUUCGAGAUCUCACAUUGCCAUCAGCCCCCAAUAUGGAUAUCCCCCCAUCACCACCAGGCUCACCACCACCUGGAGCCAACAAGAAAUUUGAGCAAUUUCUUGAGUUGAAAAAGAAGGGAACUCACUUUAACGCCAAACUAGAACAGUCUUCAGCACUGAAAAACCCAAGUUUAAUGGAUAAGUUAAUGAGAUUUGUCGAGAUCGAUGAACGCCAUCAGUAUUCCACCACAUUACCCACCGACCUUUGGAACCCUGCAGACUUCCCUGAAUGGGCUUUCAAAGACAAGUUACGGAAGAGUAACGACAAGUUGGCCAAGGAGAAGGAGGCCGAGAGAACAAGCGGUAAUAGGACAGCCGUCGACUUUGUUGCUUCGACAAGUACAGUGGGCCACGACACAACGAUGAAGGGUGGGCUCUCAAAAGGCGAAAAGAGGAAAAGCGGAUGGAACUAA